CUUUUAUUUGGCUGUUGCUGCUUUCCCUCUUCCCGUAUCUCACUCCCUCCCCACAGUUCGAAUCGCACUCGGAGCUCCGGACAGAGUCAAAUGGCCAACAAUCCGUCGCAGCUCCUCCCGUCAGAGUUAAUCGACCGGUGCAUCGGGUCAAAGAUAUGGGUGAUAAUGAAAGGGGACAAGGAGCUUGUUGGUACUCUCAGAGGCUUCGAUGUCUACGUUAACAUGGUCCUCGAAGAUGUCACUGAAUAUGAGAUCACUGCUGAAGGAAGAAGGAUCACAAAGCUUGAUCAGAUUUUGCUUAAUGGAAACAAUAUUGCCAUUCUGGUUCCUGGUGGCUCACCUGAUCCGGAGUAGGAGUAGGCUAACACUUGAAUCUCCUAUUAUUCUCUUAUAGUGUGCCCCCUGGGGAUUGGAUGCAGUAUAAUCCUCUGUUUUGAGGGAAGAAUAUCCUCAAGAAGCUUCUUUUCUUACCUUGAUAUCUGUAAGAUUCUCCACAUCUGUGGUUGUAGGACAGAGUUUCUUUUUUAAUUAAGGUUGUAGGACAGAGUUGGAUCAAUCUAUUCAAAGUCUAAUGAUUAAUUGUUCUUGUGGUAACAAUGAAGUGUUUUUUGUCGGAUAGAUAUAGCCUUUCAAAAUUUUCUUGUUGAUUGUUACAAUUUGACUCUUUUACCUGGCAUAUCUUGUGCAU